CAAUGUCAAACUCUCAUUGUUAGGCCUGGACUCGAACAAUGUAUACAUAAAUUUAUAGAAAAUUCCGUCUUGUCCUCCAGCCUAAGAGUCCUUCCGGUCCAGAAGAAAGAUGUGCAGUCGUUGCUGUAAAACUCCGGCUGAAUGUGCUGGUUGUUCGCCAAUGUGCUGCAGUCCGGGUAUUAGCUACUGCAUAUUUGACUUGGAGAGUGCAGUCUUUGAUACCCGCCACAUCUACCGGAAGGCUCUGAAGGACCUGGUUCGUACUUACGACAAGAGGAUACCAGACAUUUUACACGUCCAAAGCGGACCAAUGACCAUAUCUGAGAUGUCAGAACUCUUCUGCAGGAAACUCGACAUUCCCAUGAGCUGGGAAUCGUUUCGUUAUGAUCUCAACGAGCGGACCGCCCAGUAUAUUGCCAAUCCCCCCUUUAUGGAUGGUGUGGAGCGAUUGGUGCGGCACCUGCGUGGCUGCUGCAUGGAACUGGGCCUGGUCACCUCCUCCUCCGAGGCCAACUACUGCUCCAAGAUCCGCGGUCGGGAGGAGUUCUUCGAGAGCUUCUCGACCGUGGUCUGUGCCGAUGAUCCGGAGUUGAGGGCCUUCAAACCGGAACCGGAUGUCUACCUGAUCGCCAUGUCAAGGCUGGGCGAUGCUGGCCCCGAUCGUACCCUGGUUUUCGAUGGAACCCCUCAGGGAGUUCAGGCCGCAAGUGAUGCUCGACUGCCGGUCAUAAUGUUGGCGGAAAAGGAUCUGCCCUACUGUUGGUCCGAACUGGCCGCCCUUCGAUUUGAAUACCUGGAUGAUUUCGAGCCUGAGAUGUUCAAUUUACCACCUUUUACGGAACCCGAACCUAAAAGGCGAUCGAGUCGCCGUCGCACAAGAUACAGUCAGAGGUUGACCGUGAUCCGCAGGAGAGCCGCCGAAGCUGCCGAGGAAGAGGAGGCGGAGGAGGAACCGGAACCGGAAGAGGAACUUCCUGUUCUGGCAGAGCCAUCCAUUUUAAAUAUAAGAGAUUAACCGCCUUAUUUGUUCAGAUAUUACUAAAAUCAUUUAAAUUCUCAUGUGUUAAAAAUAAGAGGAACAAUAAAGAUUUAUUUUAAUAAAAAGUA